UUGCAGAAGGGUAUUUUUUAUACGGAAGCUGAAGUUUGUGCAGUGCCGAGUACGAGUGCUGCGAGCGAGGCACGAACCGAGAAAGUGCUUCUCGAAAAUUUAUCCCUUCUUGAAGCGGUACUGAAUGAUGUGCCGCGUCAUAAAAUCAAAGAAAAAUCACGCGAUAAAACCUCCUCAAUAAGUCCAACGGUUAACUCAACAAGUGCGCCAUCAAUAAAGGACGAAAAAUCACAAUUGCAACAGAUACGUGAUCGAGAGAUGCGUGAAUUGCAUCACGAAAAGCAACAGCAAAAUGGGGCUCAUAUCAAGAAUAAGGAUAGAAACAACGAUAUUAUGGUUAGUUCGUUGCUGAAGUGCUUGUUGAUUGUUCGAAAAGCUUUGAUCUCUACCCCAUCAACGUCUUCGAAUAUAUCGUCGACAUCAAAUACGAGCACGACCACCUUGCCGAAUACAUGUUGUUCGAUAUCACCCGCAGUAGCGACGACAAGUUCCAACACAGUAAUGAGCAAUAAUAAUACUGUGAACACUCAUCAGUUCUAUACAUCCUCAAUCAACAGUAGCAGUAACAUCAGCUCAACAACGUCAAACAACAACACUAGUAAUAACAGUGCGUUGAACAAUAUACAGCAGUCGAACGCAAUACUGUCCAGUCAGCAUCCUUUCAUCAAGCAACAACCGCAGUCUCAGUCUCAGAUAAGUGCACGAGAUCGUGAGUGUCGUGAUCGAAUCCUGAAUGGUCAAGUUGGUAAGGCCAAAGUGGCUGCUGCUGAACUGCGUGCUGCACAAGCCAACAAUGGAGCAGUGAAUGGGAGUCCAAUGGAGGUUGAUGGUGUUAAUGUGGCACAUAUGAAUAACGGUAAUGGUGCGUUAUCAAGUAUUCAAAUGGAAAAUCGACCUUAUGAAAUCAACCGAGACAGGGUGAGGUAUUUGAAAGGCCAUGAAAGUGAAGUGUUUAUAUGUAUGUGGAAUCCAAAGAACGAUCUCAUUGCAUCCGGGUCAGGUGAUAGUACUGCGCGUAUUUGGAAUUUGAAAGGGUCUGAAUCAGCGAGCACUUCGUCUCAGACUAUCGAAGAGAAUUCAUUGGUUUUGAAACAUUGCAUUCAAAAGGAUGAUAAGCAGAUACCGCCGCCAAAUAAAGAUGUUACAUCACUGGAUUGGAAUUGCACUGGGGAUCUGUUAGCGACGGGCUGUUAUGAUGGUUAUGCACGAGUUUGGGCAACGGAUGGUCGGUUACGUUAUACGCUAGGUGCGCAUAAGGGUCCAGUAUUUGCACUGAAAUGGAAUCAGCACGGUGAUAAAAUACUGAGUGCUGGAGUUGAUAAGACAACAAUAGUAUGGGAUCCAAUGAAGGGUGUGCAAAUGCAGAUGUUUCAAUUUCAUAGCAGUUCGACUUUGGAUGUUGAUUGGAUGGCAGAUGACAUGUUCGCAUCGUGCAGUACUGAUACGUGCAUUCAUGUUUGCAGACUUGGUUGUGAAAAACCUCUGAAGACAUUCCAGGGUCAUUCGAAUGAAGUGAAUGCUGUAAAAUACGAUUCACACUCAAGAUUGCUUGCAUCAUGCUCAGACGAUAUGACUAUUAAGGUUAGCUGUUCGGAAUUCAUCAUUUAUUUUGUAGUUUAUAGGAGGUCUGGUCGAUGA